UCUUUUUCUUGCCAAAAAAAUCAACCUUAUUUGUAUUCCCCCUCUCUUUUAUAUAGUACACUUUUACUAUCCUGCAAAUACAUUACGUAUCAACUUAGCACUAGCAAAUAAAAGUGAACCCCAGUUGUUGAAUAUGGCAUUCGCAAGCUCUGUAUUGGCAGUCGGCAAGGGUACUGACAUCAGCAAGGUGGAAGCGAUCUGCGGCUUUCUCGAAGUGUACAUCCAUUCGAUUCUGUUCAGUCGCAAGGUAUAUCCAAAGACCCUGUUUGAGGACCAGUUUGCAUACGGCAUUCCGGUCAAGGCCAGCCGUCACCCGGGGCUCAACCAGUACAUCAUCAACGCCAUUGCUGCGGUCAAGGCGGAGUUGGCUCAGGCAAGUUUACUAGCCCAACAUAUUUGUAGCUAUUACCAAAAUUAAACAUUUAAAUGGUUGUUCCCGCUUGGUCAGAACAAGAUACUAAACAAAAAAGUAUGUGGCAGUGUGGCAGUGU